CUACACUCGGCUGAUCAUGGAGCGUCACUCUGGUGUUUUCCAGUCAGAUUACUCCCCUCGGUGUGCGGAGAAGAGAGCGAGAUAACUGUUUGCACAGCAGCAGCCAGACUUUGAUAGAGUAACUAACUAAGGACUUUGGACUUCUAAGACGCAUUUAUUUUUCAUCAAGCUGUAGUGCAGACUGAUAAAGAAAGCCUCGACACGGGAGUCUGAGGAAACGCAUUGACCAGUUGUGCAGUAAACGUCUCGCUAGCGGUCUGGAAGCGCGGCGAUCCUAUAUUUCAACCAACUCUGUUUGAAACAACUGGUUUUAUUUUGUUUGUGAACUUUAGCUCAGAUUAGUAUCAUUCUAGGUUAUUCUAGUUCGUUUAUUUUGCUCUUUUUAAGUUCCAUUUUACACCUGGAGAAAUGUCCAGCCUGCUUCUCGUCAAACCCGAGAAAGGAAGACCGGAAGCGGCGUUACCUGGGCAACAGGCGCCGCACGAGCGUCCUCAGACCGUCUACGUCAUGUUAGACUCCUCAGCCGAAUCUGUCAAUCUCAUCAGCGUUGAACCCCUUCUUCCUGAGUCUGGGAUCGUGGAAGAUAUUGAGGUAGAAGGUGUUUUCUCCACCGAUUUGGACACUUUCUAUGAGCUGAAGAGUCAACCCAUCAUCCCAAGUGGCUCUGUGACCUCUGCUGACCCCGUGACCCCAGCCGGCUCCGUCAUGACAUCACGCGUGUUGAUGAGGCAGGAGCUGAUGCGACAGCAGGCUCAGGACCAGGAGAGACGGGAGGCCCAAAAACAGGCCUCCAGUGCUCCGCAGCGGCCCGCUGGUGCCACACCUGCUAUCUCUGUCGCAUCCACCCUGCCGGCCACCCCGACCCAAGUGCCCGUAGAAGUGCUCAAGGUUCAAACGCACUUGGAAAACCCGACUAAGUACCACAUCCAGCAAGCUCAGAGGCAGCAAGUGAAGCAAUACCUCUCUCACACCCUGAGCAGUAAAAUAGCCAAUCAGACUCUGGUGACAUCGCCCCCGCCCCAGCCUGCCUCCGCCCCUGAGUUGGCUCCUGCCGCCAGCAGCACUCCCAGCAGCCCUCUGGCGGUGCUCAGCCUGGGAACAAACAAAGAAGAGAUCGAAGACGUCAUCGAUGGAAUCAUCAGCCUGGAAUCGAGUUUAAACGAUGAAUUUAUGACACUGAUCGACUCGGGUUUGCAGCUUCCCAACACGCUGCCGAUCUCAGGAAACCUCCUGGAUGUGUACAGCAGUCAGGGCAUGGCGGCACCCACCAUCACCGUCAGCAGCUCCUGUCCUGCAGACCUGCAAAACGUCAAGAGAGAGUUGACUGAUGCCGAGGCAAAAGCUAUUAUGAAGGACAGACAGAAAAAAGACAAUCAUAACUUGAUUGAGAGGAGAAGAAGGUUCAACAUUAACGACCGCAUUAAGGAACUUGGAGCUCUCAUUCCAAAGUCCUCUGACCCCGAGAUGCGCUUGAACAAGGGCACCAUCCUAAAGGCGUCAGUCGAUUACAUCCGUAAGCUACAAAAGGAGCAGCAGAGAGCCAAAGAGAUGGAGACGAGACAGAGGAAACUUGAAAAUGCCAACCGCAGCCUGCUGCUGCGCAUUCAGGAACUGGAAAUGCAAGCUCGUCUCCAUGGCCUCUCCUCAUCUCAGAUCUCUGACUCCACGCUGACCCAGACACAGACUUUAACUCUAGAUCACAACCCCAACAACGACCUCUCCAAGACCCUUCUGUCCCUCAACCAGACCACGCCCUCUUCGUUCUUAUCUCCGCCUUCUUCCACCUCCUCAGUGGGUGGGACGGUCACCAGCCCUCUGGACCUCGGGACACUCAGCUUCGCCGAAUUGGAUGACCCCGCAGCCUCCGUGUUUAAUUCAGCCCUGAUGGCGGAUAUGGGGUUAGGGGAUAUUUUGAUGGAUGACAGCGGUGCUCUAUCGCCUGUAGGGGGUGCCGAUCCCCUGCUUUCCUCGGUUUCCCCAGGAGCGUCCAAAUCUAGCAGUCGUAGAAGUAGUUUCAGCAUGGAAGAAGACUUGUGACGUCUUUAAAUCGGACGAUAGUUUUCAUUUACGUUGCAAAUCCUGCUUGUGCGCUCCAUUGUCGGCCAGUAGAGGGCAGUGUAAUACUAAAGUCUUCAGUAAUCGCCGUACUGUAGAAAUCUGAGAUCCUCAAGACAUUUAUUUUAUUUUUUCUCGAGGUGACACAAAUAUAAAAAGACUUCAGGAGCAGACGCUGACAUUAAGAGCCUCAUUUGUUAUCAGGACCUCUGAUAAAUAUAUAGAAGAAUAUGUACAUAGAGAAGAUUUAGUGCUAAACAUCUAUUUUGUGUUUUUAAUAUGCAGUUGUAUGAAAAGUAGCACUAUAAUAUUAAUUAGUGGACACUCGCCACAUGAAUUUAUUAGAUGUUAAAAAAAAUUAAAAAUCAUGCCUGAAUAGAAAAACGUAUUAUUAUUAUUCUCACUCAUGUAGUGGGCUCCAAAAGUAGGAGAAUUCAAACCUGGAAUUAUGCAGGAUUUAAAUGAAUAAAUGAAUCAUAAAAAAAAAUAUUUUAGAUUCUGCACUUAAAAAGAUACAAACCAAAUCCUAAGAACUUAAAAAUUAUGCUAAUGAUAUACACUAUCAUUCAAAGGUUUGCAGUCAGUAGGAUGUUUUGAAAGAAAUUAAUACUUUAAUUUAGAAAUGAUGCAUUUAAAUUGAUCAAAAGUGACAUUUGUAUUGUUAAAAAAGAUUUCAGUUUUAAAUAAAGCUUUCAUUUCAUCAAAGAAUUAUAAACGUAAUGUAUCACAGUUUCCUAAAAAAUAUUAACUUUUAAAAAUAUAUAAUUAAAAAUAUAAUUUUAAUAUAAAGAUAUAAUGAUAAAAAUACAAAAAUAUAUAUUUCUUGAGCAUUAAAUCAGCAUAUAAAAAGAUUUCUGAAGGUUCAUGUGACACUGACAUCUGGAGUAAUGAUGCUGAAAAUUCAGCUUUGAUCACAGGCAUUAAUUCUUUAUUCAAAUAGAAAAUAUUUUUCAAAUUGUAAUAAUAUUUUACAAUAUUUACUGUAUUUUGAUCAAAUAAAUGCAACAAAUGACUUAUUUCACAAACUUAAAAAAAAAACUUCACCAGACCCAAACUUUUGAACAAUAGUGUAAAUCCUAAUGAAAAUGUUAUAUUAAAUGAUAAAUGUCUCAAACGUUUGGAGCUGACAGUAUGCCAGUGUUUACAGUAGUAGCUCAUCAGAUACAAAAGGGACAGGUGUGUUUUGUUUCACUUUUUUGAAUGUGUGAGUGUGUUAUCUGCACAUCGUACAUUGUGCUUUUGAUAAAGGUGACAGUAGACAUGUUUCUGAAAUGUCUUCAGGAAAGAAAAGAACAUCCUGUUCAGCUCGGCCUUCAUUUCCUGCUGGGAUUUUUGUGUUCUUCUCUGAUUCUGGUGUAUGAUUAUGGAGCAAAUUAAACCCAGCUUCCCAUCGAGCUUCUGAAAGAUGCAUGUUUGAUUUACAGGGACCUCAGAUGGCAUGAAGAAACACUUCAAGAGUCAAAAUAUGCAUUUCUAUCAUAGAAAUGUUAUGAUCAAUAAGUCAUAGCACCAUACAUGUUUAAUGUUAUGAGAUUCAACUCGAUUUUAAGUCAAGCUGAAUUACAGCCAAUACUUAAAAUAUACUUCAUUUAAGGCAGUAACUGGCCCUGUUAAAAACAUAUAUAUUUUUAAAGGUUUUGGCGUUUAUUUUUUUAAUAUAUAUAUAUAUAUAUAUACAGACAUGAAGAGUAGGGGUAGUUUUUUGUGUACAUUAGCUUUAGUAGCUUUAAUGCAACAUUGCAGCUCAUCUAUCUGUUGAUGUGUUUUUGUGAACUGUAUCUGUAUAUUAUAAGCUGAUUAGCACAAUAGCUAACAUGCAUUCAGAAAAGAGUUUUUAGUCUUUAUCACAUAUAUCAAGUUAUAUUGUGUAUUAAACAAUCUAUUUUCACUGCUGUUUACUAAAAAAAUACAACUGAAUGACUUUAAUAUCCGUAAUGAUGGAUGGUUGUAGUAGCUAGCUGAUAGAGACAGAUUUACUUUUCUAAACAAUGUAAUAAAAAAACCUUCUAGAGAGAUCAUAAAACAGAUCAGUUGAAUUAUGAUAAAACUGUCAAACCUUGAUGCAGAAAUCUUUUACCUAAUGUAGUAUUUUGGUCAAAAAUGACCGGCCUUUUAAAAAUUGCUUGUAAAUCUCUCGUUUUGCUAUAUUAUCACCAAAUAUUGGAUUAAAUCUUUUUUUUUUUUCUCGAUUACCGCAGGUUUUAUAUCUGGAAUUGAUUGGUCAGGACUCAAGCCUCAUUCAUUUGGGUAAAUUUUGAGUGAAAAAGCAAAAUUUGUGGAUCAUUUGGGCAAUGUUUUCUCAAAACUGAGGUGGAUAAGUUCAGAUCAGUGAGGCCUACAAUCAACCAGUUUAAAAAAAGAAAUACAGAAGAACGUGCUAUGUAAAAGAAAAGAAAAUCCAAUAAUAUGCCAUAAGAAGAAAAAAAAAAAAGUAAAAAAAGUAUCUAAACAUUUUGGCAAGUUGUGAGCAAAAUCAUUUUUUUAGUCAAAUGCAAUAACAUUUAACAAGCAUUUUUGGGGAAAAGAAAAUCAGCCAGAUUUUUGGGAUCUAUGCAAUGUCAGUGUGAUCCGUUCAGUGACUCUUUAAUGUGGUUUUGUCUGUUGUCUACAGCUCGUGUUCAGCUGCUUGUGAGUGCACAAUCACCUCUAAAGAUCAGUAACCAUAGGGAAUCAUUUAAGUACUCGAGUUAUUAAGUGCUUUUGUAUAUAUUUCUCUGAUGCUUCCGUGUUGGAUGUCCAGUGAUGGGAUUUGGGUAUUUCAUGUGUGUUUAGGAGGACAAAAAAAUGUCCUCAAACUUGCAUCAGUUCUGUGUCCGGUGCUGUUAAGAGCUUAAACUGUCUACGAAUUAAUUAAAAACCUUACAGUCGACUGUAUAACUGUACUGCAGCAGGAGACUAGAGCGUUUACAUUGGUCUGAUGAGUACAUACAGUACUUGACAACAUCCUGUAGAUGUCCACUGUCCGCUCAGACUUGAGCAAAGGGAACGUGCUUGUGGUUUAAUCUGUAUUUCAGUAUGUUCACGGUGCUUGUGGAUGUUUAUUCCUGUAUUUUCUUUACAAUAUUGAAACAAGCAACAGUAAUGCAGAUUUCUUUUUGUACUCUUCAAUAUUUUGAUUUAUUUUUUAAGAAAGAUGUAUAAAUAAAGUUGUAAAACAGC